UGUAGUUCCAAGACCAUGCGGUCUCUAUCCGGAAAUCACUCCACGGUUUCAAGCUCCUCCUCGCCAGUGGUUUCAGUUGCCUCGUUAUCCCUACCUCCCUCCCUCCCUCCCUCACUCGCAGUACAUACAUACUACACUUCUCUCUCUCUCUCUCUUCACUUUUCUCUCUCUCUCUCUCCUCUCUCUCUCUUACACGCACAAGGCAUACCUUCUUUUUCUCUCUCUUGCAUUUCGCACUCCGCCGUCUCCACUUCUCACAUUCUGUAACUUUAUCAACUUCACCAUUUCAUGGAGGUUACCUUCCUCUCCAGACCCCCAUUGCUCCCAUUCUCUCCUUCUUCUUCUUCUUCUUUGAAAUACUUGUCUUUCUCCUCCUUUCAAACCCCCUUCAGAGUGGAUCUCCUGGGCUUGGCCCACUCUCUCAGACCUCCUGCUCUCCGCUCUCGCAAAAAGUUCAGGCCAUUAGGUUUAAGGUUUCGGACUCAUCGCUCUCAUGGCCUCAUCUGUCGAGCUGCUUUAAUGGAGACCUCUGCUCUUAUCGCAAUUGCAAUUGCUGUCGUUGCUGCCAUCCGCUUUUACUUAAAUUACAUAAAUCAAAGGCAUAAGAAGCCUUCGAAGGUCAUUACUGAGACUACAAUGGAGGCUCCAGAAAAUCUCCAAACUGAGCACUCAAUACCAAAAGUAAACUUUAUUGAGUAUGAUGAAUGCACUAAGGAAAUGGCUGUCACUGCAGCAGCUGCUUCUGAUGUUAGCACAGUCGUUGCUUCUAAUUUUAAGGGAUUUCACUCUCCUGAUCUUCGAAGAAUUCAAAACACAGGGGGUAUACAAGAGAUGGUUAAAAUAAAGGAAAUACAAAAACCCAAUUUUCAUUCUGCGGGAUCAAGUGCUAGGAACCCUUCUUAUGCCAAAGCAGCUGAAGUCAUGAGCUUGGAUCUUAUGCCAAAGAAAUUUGGUGAAAAGGGUUAUUGUGACUUGGAUAGUUCAAGAUUUAUCUGCGCAAAAAGGCAAUUGGAUGAAGAAUCUCAAGGGGAAGCUCAUGUUAACCCCAUGGUAUCCAUGGCCCUGGAAGCAUCACAUUUUAAGGGCUCCUUUGAUAACUUAAAGGGUACACAUGCAGCUGUAGUGGUCCAUCUUAAUCAUGAACAUAGAUAUGGAACAAAUAGAACCUUUGGCACUCUAGUCUCUGGUGAAAAUGGGGAAUGUAAAGGGCUGGCUGUGGAGCCUAAAGCAAUCGCUAGAAGUCAGUAUGGUGUGUCUUUUUCAAUAAGCUCUCAAACUCCUGGCACUAUUUAUUCCCACAUGGACAAAAAUAACAAGGAGUGUCUGUCAUUUAAGAGGCCUCAUAACCACAACAAACUGGGACAUGCUGCGAAGGUUAUGAAUAACAAUGCAAUAAGUUCUCAAACUCCUGGCACUACUAAUUCCCACAUGGACAACAAUAAAAAGGAGUGUCUGUCAUUUAAGAGGCCUCAUAACCACAACAAACUGGGACAUGCCGUGAAGGUUAUGAAUAACAAACUUGUUUUCGCCCAUUUCAACUCAUGCCAAUUUUCAGAAAUUUUGGAAGGAAGAGUUCUCUCUCCAUAUGAUAAACAAGGGUCUGUAAAAGCAAGAAAGAAACGAAACAAUGGAAUUGGGUUCACAGUUGACAAGGAAGAAAAUUCUGUUCAGAAUGAUGUUGGGAGUUUCCCACCGAGCCGUCUACCCAACGAGACUGAGAAGGAAAAGGAUGACCUAUCCGAGUACCUCAGGAUGUAUAAUCGCUGGUUAAAACAUGGGAGAUUGAAUGAUUGCAUACAAUUGCUAGAAAGCAUGGACGAGAAGGCAUUGUUAGAUAUGGAUAAGAUUUACCACACACGAUUUUUGAACAUGUGUAAAACACAAAAGGCUGUGGAUGAGGCAUUUCGUUUUGUCCAGCUGGUUAGGAAGCCAUCCUUGAGUACAUUCAACAUGCUUUUGUCUGUGUAUGCAAGUUCUCAUGAUUCAGAAGGAGCAUUUCGUGUCCUCGCGCUAGUCAAGGAGGCAGGAUUAAAAGCUGAUUGCAAAUUAUACACGACGCUAAUUUCAACUUGUGCAAAAAGUGGAAAGGUUGACGGAAUGUUUGAAGUGUUUCAUGAAAUGGUCAACACUGGAGUUGAGCCAAAUGUCCAUACGUAUGGGGCGUUGAUUGAUGGUUGUGCUAGGGCUGGACAGAUUGCCAAGGCAUUUGGGGCCUAUGGGAUUAUGAGAUCCAAGAAUGUGAAGCCCGAUCGAGUUGUGUUCAAUGCACUUAUCAAUGCAUGCGGUCGAUCAGGAGCAGUGGAUCGUGCAUUUGAUGUUCUAUCAGAGAUGAGAGCUGAGCCUCAACCCAUAGAUCCUGAUCAUGUGACUGUUGGUGCAUUGAUGAGAACAUGCUCACAAGCCGGACAGGUUGACAGAGCACUUGAAGUAUACAAAAUGGUCCAUGAGUAUAACAUCAAGGGUUGCCCAGAUGUUUACACAAUAGCUGUUAGUAGUUGCAGUGAAAAGGGUGAUUGGGAUUUUGCCUUGAGAGUUUAUGAUGAUAUGAAAGAGAAUGGUGUUAAGCCUGAUGAGGUGUUUUUUAGUGCGCUAAUAGAUGUUGCAGGACAUGCUGGAAAGUUAGAUGUUGCCUUUAGUAUCAUCCAGGAUGCCAAAAAUCAUGGAAUACAGAUUGGGAACAUAUUAUAUAGCUCUUUAAUGGGAGCUUGUAGGCAUGCAAAAAGUUGGCAAAGGGCACUGGAGCUGUAUGAAGAUAUCAAAUCCAUCAAACUACUUCCAACUGUGUCAACAUUGAAUGCUCUGAUCACUUCUUUGUGUGAAGGUGAGCAACUUCACAAAGCAGUUGAAGUGCUAGAGGAAACAAGGGAAGCAGGCAUGUGUCCAAACAGCAUAACAUACUCUAUCCUCUUUGUGGAGUGUGAAAAGAAGGAUGAAACAGAAUGUGCAUUAAAGCUUCUUUCAUAUUCAAAGAAGGAUGGGAUUGGCCUUAAUCUCAUAAUGUGCGGAUGUUUCACUGGUCUUUGCUUGAGGAGGUAUGAGAAGGCUUCUGCCCUUGGUGAGCCUAUUUUGUCUUUCAGUUCGGGAUAUGCUCAGAUCGAUAACCAGUGGAAUUUCAUAGUCAAUCAUGUUCUCCAAAUCUCUGAUGGAUUACUGUUGCAUUGA